AUGGCAAGAGCCAACCGAGACCCUGACUUUUUCAAUCAAUUGAUUGAACAUAAUCCUAUACCUGGCCUUAUUAUUAGAGCUGGAAGAAUAAUAAAUAAUGAUGCUAUCAUGCCCGCAGCUUAUGAUGCUGCUAUGGUGUACCACGAUGCAAGUGCCGUGCGCGCACUUAUGAACUAUACGUCCGCGAAGAUGCGUGACGUCAAUAUUAUUACCGGACAGCGCCUCAGACAAAAACUUUUAACUUUAUAA